GCUUUGUGAAAGCAUCGGAGUGAUCAACCGACUGCUGCCUCAGACUCAACACCUGGGGCCGGGCUGCGGAGCGCGUUCACGCAACCAAACUCAACCACGGGGCAUCAGUUACCAGCCGCUCGCACGCAGCCGCUGUAGCUAGCUCAAUUAAGGCCCGCUCGGCUUAGUCCACCGAGCGCCCAGCCAGCUGGGAAAGACCGCCCUCGCCCCCGGAGUCGCCAUCGACAGCUGACGAGCAGUCGACCGUCCGCCCUCUGGCCCUAGCGAGUGGCCGUCGCCAAAGCGCCUUCAGCAACACCGCAACCUCGCGAUUCGCUUCACAGCGGUCGUGGGGGAGCGGACUGGCGAUUUCGCAUCCUCGACACUCGCUAAGUGAUUCACAGCUGAGUUACUUGCGAGCUUGGGUGCACUUCUGGUGAACUGGGAGCCCAUUUGUGUGUCAGCAACAGCGGCCAAUCUUGCUUGCUUGUUCUGCACAACGACUGGGACCUGACUGGCCAGUCGGUUGGGCUGCCCUGCCGGAAGGCCGAACGCGCUUCGUGCUUGCACACCGCGCUCCGCACUUACCCGCACCGAGGCUGACUCCGGGCCCACGCCCCUGUCGCCUCCGGCACCCUCCCGCUGCAGUGCUCGCCGACCCGGCGCAGCCCGCCAGCCAGCUCUGAGCUAACCAGCCGAGCGCCACCAUCACGGGGUCAGGCAUGACCUCGCCACCCCAGUCGGACCAGGGCCGAAGCCUACGCCGCAGCCUUCGCGUGCAGGAGCGCGCCACCGCCCCUGCGGCGGCGGGCCCGUCUGCCGCUGAGCGCGUCCAGGCUCACGGCCCCGCGCGGUGGGUGGCCGCCGGGGCACCAGAAGCCGCCGCAGCGCGCGCCGCCGCUGCUGCCGCUCCCGCCCCCGCCGCCAUCCUUGCGCCCCCUGCCGCUGCCGGAGCCGCCUACGGCGUCGCUGCUGCUGCUGCGCCCGUCGCCGCCGCCGCACCCGCCUUCGCCGCCCCCGCGCAGCCGCCCGCCGCCGCUGGAGCCGCCUACGGCGUCGCUGCUGCUGCCGCACCCGCCGCCGCCGCCGCACUCGCCUUCGCCGCCCCCGCGCAGCCGCCCGCCGCCGCUGGAGCCGCCUACGGCGCCGCUGCUGCUGCCGCACCCGUCGCCGCCGCCGCACCCGCCGCCGCCGCCCCCGCGCAGCCGCUCGCCGCCGCUGGAGCCGCCCACGGCGCCGCUGCUGCUGCCGCACCCGUCGCCGCCGCCGCACCCGCCUUCGCCGCCCCCGCGCAGCCGCCCGCCGCCGCCAGGGCCGCCCACGGCGGCGCUGCUGUUACUGCGCCCGGCGCCGCCGCCGCACCCGCCUUCGCCGCCCCCGCGCAGCCGCUCGCUGCCGCCGGGGCCGCCCACGGCGGCGCUGCUGUUACUGCGCCCGUCGCCGCCGCCGCACCCGCCUUCGCCGCCCCCGCGCAGCCGCCCGCCGCUGCCGGAGCCGCCUACGGCGCCGCUGCUGCUGCUGCGCCCGUCGCCGCCGCCGCACCCGCCUUCGCCGCCCCCGCGCAGCCGCUCGCCGCCGCUGGAGCCGCCUACGGCGCCGCUGCUGCUGCCGCACCCACCGCCGCUGCCGGAGCCGCCUUCGCCGCCCCCGCGCGGCCGCCCGCCGCUGCCGGAUCCGCCAGCAACUUCGACCAAGCGUUACGCAGGGCUUUCGGCGCGCCGGCUGCCCCCCGCAGCGUGCGUGCCACGCCCGCGGCGGGGGUCGGGCUGCAAGGGGCCUUCCUGGCCCUGGGCGUUCCGGAUGUCCUCCGCCGCCGUGGGUGCACUUGGGCCUCCGAUGCCACGGGGUCCAGCGCCAGCUCCUACCGGCCCUCUGACAGCGCGUCGGAGACCUCCUCGACCGCGGACACCGCCUCCGGCCGCCGGCAGGCCGCUGCGCGCGAGCUCACCGAGCUGUCCCCGGCCGGCGCCAACAACGGGCGGCGCGUGUGCAACAACCCCGCCUACGAGGAAGAAGAGGAGCUGCAGGCUGCCCUCGCCCGGUCCCGUCGUGACACCGGCCACCCCAGGCCGCCGCCGCCAGCAGGCCGCGCGGCAGCGUUGCUGACUGAGACGGCCGUCACCGUGCACGAGAUGCUGGGCGGUGGCCCCACCGGUGGUCUGGCAUUGGGAGGGCUGGCGCCGGCGGCCUCCCCGCCGCGCCUGGACCGCGCGCGGCGGCGGCACCUGCUCAACCUCGCCGCCAGCAGCCGGCCGUCGGCCUCAGCGGCCUCGAGCUCCUCCGGCCGCUCCGGCAGCUCCCACUGCACCACCUCCGCCUCCGCUCGCCCCGGCAGCGAGUCCAUGCACUCCGCGCGCAGCCAGCAGCCGUCUGCGUCGCAGCACAUCCACCUGCACGUGCACCCCGGGCCUUCACCGGCCGUUGCAGCUGCCCCGCCAGCCGCCGGGGCCGACUUCUUCCCCCACCUGGGCAGCUUGCGAGCCCGGUGCGUGGCGAGGUUGGCGGCGCGCCUCCGUCGUCACGAGGCCGCCGUGGCCGCCGCAGCGGCCAUCACACCUGCCGCCGCUGCGCCUGCCGCGGCCGCGCCCCCCGCCGCUGCACCUGCCGCCGCUGCGCCUGCCGCCGCCGCGCCCGCUGCCGCCACGCCCGCCGACGACAAGGUUCAGCUGGCCAGGGUCCGCGCUGCCGCCCUCGCGCACCUUCAGCGCCUCCACGCCGCGCUCGGGCCCCCCGCGCCGGCUGCAGCCGCAACACCAGCCGCCGCCGUGCCCGCCGCUGCUGCCGCCGCUGACGCCCCUGCCCCGCCGGCAGCCGCCGCCGGGCCUGGGCCCGACGCUGCCGCGCCCCAGCCACCGGUCUCUGUCGUCAACAUGGCGUCUUCGUCCAGCUCAAGCUCGGCGCCGGCGAGCGCCGGCGGCUGCCCUCUGUGGCCGAUGCCCCUGCCGGCGUGGCAGCCGCACCUGCUGGCGCAGCUGGACCACGCCGCCGCCGCGGCUGCGCCCCCGGCGGCCGCAGCUGGGGCCCCACCGGUGGCUCUAGCUGGCGGCCGUGGCGGAGUGGCACGCAUGGGCAUGGCUGCUGCCCAUCUUGCGGCGGCGACACCCGUCAACGGGGCCCCGCUCAGCAGUGCAGGCGCCGCCUGGCCUUCGGCGGCAGCAAUGCUGCGGCCGGCGCGCCCCAUUCCCUCGUGGAGUCAGACCGGGCGGCAACAGUACGACGGCGAGCGCGCCGGGCGGGCCAGGUUCAUGGUGGACGCGCACGGCUACACUGAGGAGCAGGCGGCGUGCGCCGACAUCAACAGCCCCUAUGCGCAGGACCCGCGCCUAAUCGCCCGCGCCCUCAUCCACGGCACGGCGGCUGGAGAGGCUGGCGCCGCGGCCGCAGCGCCCCAGUACGGGGCCGCCGGCCGCCGCGAGCGGCGCGGUGUGCCGGCCGCGGCGGCUGAGAGCGAGGAGCUGGGCCGCCUGCUGUUCCCCCGAGCCCGCACCCGGCGGCUUGACGAGACCGCCUCCGAUCUGGGGGGGCGGCGCGUGCGCAGGGCUGAGGAGGGACCGGACGGAGUGCUGGAGUACCUGGGCGCGCUGGCGCGGCCGCGGUACUUCCGCGUGCAGUGGAGUGACGGCGAGGAGCAGCAGCUGACGCUGGCGGAGGCGCGUCGGUUGCUCGCAGACUAGGUUGGCGGGGAGUGAGGAGGGUCGGGCAGGGGGCUAUUCAGAGGUUCACGAGGGAGAGGGCUAGGGGGGCGAGCGCUGGGGGGGGCAGUGGGCUUUGUGCAGCGGCUCGCAGCCUGUCUCCACCACGGCUUGGUCAGGCCUUGAGCGUCAGCCUGCCGCACCUACGCCAGAGGCGAUUCAGCGGACUGGGCUAUGGGAGGCAGUGAGCGGAGCCAGGAGCCGCCAUGGCCAUGCAUUGCCCCCAGCGGAAGGGCCGGGACAGCCGGCGCCUUGAGGAGUGUCAGCAUUUAGUAGGAGUAGCGAACGUACGGCUGUGGGGGCAGGUGGGAUUAGGCAGAGCAUGUUAGUUCAGGAGUAGGUAGGGUGCAGGCCCAAACCGCGGGACCAUAUGCGUGCGAAGUUAUGUGUGAGGCCCAACUACGGGACCUAAUGCGUGCCGUCGGUUGGCUGCGUGCGUGUGCUCGUGCCCUUGCUGUGCGUGCUGCCACCGGUCACUCGUACAACCAUGCCGUCGUUAGAACCCCGGACAUGUUUGUGGGGGGGACUUCAGCCCCCGGUGGCAGCCCUAGAGCAAAACAUGGCUGGGGCGUGACAGCUGUCGUGCGCCGUUGCCGGCGUGUGUCAUUCACCGGCAACCAGUGCCUGGGUAUGAGUCAUGAGGCGGUUAACAGUGUGUGAACUUGGGAGCGGGAAGUUACCCCAGCGGUUGAGAACUGGCGAGCUGUGGGUGGGUUGUGCGAACUACGUCUCGAUGUGUGGCUAGGGGUUUGGCGUCUGUGGUUUAGUUGUAGCCGUGUGACGGUGGUGUUUCUCUGGCUCUGGCGUCACCUUCGCCUGCACUGCGCAGGGCGAAGGCUCAUGGGCUCGUGUUGGGAGGCGUUGGGCAGCUGGUCAUGCGGGCGCUGAGCUGAGGAGGAGCUGCGUUGGGGGUCUGUUUGCCGUGGUGCUUUAUAAGAGUGUGCUCAGGGGAGCUUGGGGUCCAGGUUUCGUAG